CGUCAAAACAAAAAGUGCGCUGCGCCAACAGUGUAUCGAUGCAGUAAAGGAAAAGAAUUUUCCGCAAACACCUGCAAUUUUCCAUCCGAGAUAAGUGAAAACCGUUGCAAUGGCAGGGCUAACGGAUGUCGAUAGCCCGUUCGUAAAAACAGAAAAAGCAUGCAAAAUAUGCGGCUCUUCGGAAGGAGACAUGGAAUCAAUAUUCUGCGAUGCCAACGAUACUAAAAUGCUGAAUAAAAUCUAUAAAUGUACCCGAGUUGAGGUAACCCCAGUAUGUGGUCUUAUAUCCCCGAUUUGCGUAACCUGCAGGCAACGGAUCGACGCGUUCGACGAAAAUGCUAAACCGAAAGUAGUCGAGUUUGUCAUUAAAAACGAGGCCGAUCAGGAAGGGUUGGAAUAUGACCCGUUCAGUUUUCAAGAUCCGAUGGCUUUCGGUGGGCAGGAAACUGAUAUUUUCGAAGAUUUUUCCGCUAAACUAGAGGUUCGGAUCGACGAAGAGCAGGAAAAACAUACUGCUAAAGAGGAGAAGAGAAAGAAAGAAAAAGUAACCCGAAAAUCCAAGAAAACAGUAAAAGAAGCAUCCCCCCAAGAGGAUAUAAUUUUCGUGGAAAACAUUCUGAAGGUCGAAGAAAGCAAGGAGAAUGAAAAGGAAAAUGUACCGAAAACUCGCAUUAGUCGCAAAGCAAAACAAAAAGUGGCACAAAAACCUGCUUCCGAUGGUGAGUCUAGUGAUUUUGAAUGGGAAGGUGGAGAUGAUUUCGACGAAGCAAACGACGAAAAAUUCGACACCAGUAGCUCGGAGGAUGAUAAACCUUUGAAGAAACGGAAGGAAGUGCGCAAAAUAACACUGACAAAAGCAGGAAAACGCCGCGGUCGGCCUCCGAAACCUCGCGUAGAAGGUAAAGACCAAAAGAUACCGGAAGAGUGCAAAAUAUGUGGCAGAGUAGUGACGUACAUGCGAGAGCACAUGAGGCAGCACAAAAUAGACAAGCAGCACAAGUGCCCGUAUUGUGAUCGUAUGUUUGUACAGGGCAAUAAUCUGAAGUAUCAUAUUCGAAAGCAUUUAGGAGAAAAGCCGUUUUCCUGCAAUUUGUGCGAUAGAUCUUUCUACUGUGCGCCGCAUUUGAAAUCUCAUAUGAAAGUGCAUGGCCCGCAAGGAUUAUUUCAGUGUGAUAAGUGUCCGAAAACAUUUAAUCAAGAAGGGAAUCUUAAGAAACACAUUCGUGUACAUACCGGCGAGAAACCUUACAAAUGUAUAAAGUGCAAUAAAGCUUUCAAUAGCACAUCGAAUCUAAAAAAUCAUCAGAGAUUACACUCUGACGAGCGGGCGUUCACGUGCGAGCACUGCGCCAAAAGUUUCGUGGACAUCCAUCAUUUGCAACGGCACGUUCGAGUGCACACAGGCCAUCGUCCUUAUAUUUGCCACGUAUGCUAUCAUGCCUUCAACUGCCAGAACGGUAUUAGAGAGCAUUUGAAAACGCAUAUUGGUGACGUUAAAAGUAGAGUCAGUAGUGCGGUACAUGCUCAAGAUGUGAAUUAAACAUAACAGUUUUACAAUAAUUGAACAAAAUUACGGGAUAAAGUUUAUGUCAUCUUAUGGUGAUAUUUUAUUUUAAAAUUCGUUGAA